GGCAGCCCGGGGACAUGUCGCUGCCCCAGCCACGGGCCUGGCGUCUGGCCGCACCCGCCCGAUUUUAAGGUUCAGAGACGAUCCCCCGGGACAGAUCAUGUGACAGUGAAGAUGAAGGUUCUUUCAUUCUGUAGUAGCUCUGCUGUCAGCUCCUGUCUGCCUGGUUUGAUCAUUUUCUUCAUUACGUAUCACAUUCAGAAGCUGGAAUCAGCCGAGUUCACAGUGCUGGGUCCUGCUCACCCUGUCACGGCCACUGUGGGUCAGGCCAUUCAGUUACCCUGUCACCUGUCCCCCAGGAUGAGCGCUGAGAACAUGGAGGUGAGAUGGUUCCGGUCGGAGUUCUUUUCCUUUGUGCACCUGUAUCAGGAUGGGAAGGAUGAAUAUGAGCAGCAGAUGCCCGACUAUCAGGGAAGGACAGAGUUUUUGAAAGCUGGUCUCGCAGAGGGCAAUGUGUCUUUGCGGAUUCUUAAUAUCAGACCAAUGGAUAGAGGACAGUAUCACUGUUUUGUUCGAGAUGGUACUUUGUACGAAGAAGCCCUGUUGGAACUGAAGGUAGCAGUUUUAGGCUCCAGUCCUCUCAUCUCUGUUCAGGGUCACCAGGAUGGAGGAAUCCGGGUAGUUUGUCAGUCAGCUGGUUGGUACCCAGAGCCUGAGGUGCUAUGGAGAGAUCACAUCGGGCACCUUUUAACAUCACUGUCAGAAGCAAAAUCUCAAGUGGAUAACGAUUUGUUUAGAACUGAAAGCUCUAUUAUUAUGAGAGAACAAGCAAACCAAAGCUUGUCUUGUUGUAUCAGGAACACCUUUCUCAAUCAAGAAAAGGAAUCAACAAUUUAUAUAGCAGAUUCCUUUUUCCCGAGGGCGAGUCCCUGGAUGGUGGCUCUCAUUGUGAUCCUGCUGGUUUUGUUUGGUUUCAUGGGCCUCAUUGCUUAUCUGUUUAAACUAAAAGGUGAUCGGGAUACAAAAAUUGGGAAACAGCAUCAAGAAAUCAGUGAUCGGGAUACAAAAAUUGGUAAGUGUUGUGUUCUUUCCUCCAAUGAGGAAAACUUUU